AUGGGUCUCGGCAAGUUGUUCAAGACUGCUGCCUCUACUGGCAAGCCCAACUUGGGCAAGAAGGUCUUGAAGAAGUGCAUGGCUCCGUUCAAGCUGCUGAAGGAGAUCGGUUGGGCUCAGGAAUCCGAUGGCGACGUCUCUCGACACAACUCGACUCCUGCAAAUAAGAAGGAUUUGGUUGUGACUACCACCGGCAUCCUCGUCGCCGCGACUAAGUAUGCUCCCCGCAUCGUCACAGUUGCUGAGUGGACGCCCCAUAUCGUCCCCGUUGGUGAAGAGACCGCGUCCCAUACCGUGAGCAUUGAUGGCGAGGCCAACUCUAACAUCUCUCUCGUUGGUGGUCGAAAGGACCCAGCUCCGGUUCAUCCAGGUCGAAUCCUUAUUGCUGUUCGGGAUAGCGCCGCCUUUUCCGAUUCGUCUACUACCUCUUCUAAUUCGAAUGACGCCAAGUCUUCACGUGAAGGCUCGCUCCCCAAAAGCAUCACCGAGACUGAGGUCUCCGACGAAGAAGUCGAAGAUGAGGACGGCUGCGAAGACGCCGUGAAAGAAGAUGGGAAUGCGGAAGAGGACAUUGAUGACCUAGAGGAUAACGAAGCCGGAGACCAAGAUUAUGAUGAAGAAACCGAUGAGGCAGAGCAAGAGCGCUGGGGUCCAAUCCUUGCCAUCCCGGACGACGCGUUCGCCAAACUCGCCAACCGCCUCAUGAUCAAAAAAGCCGAAAUCUCUUCGCCAGGUUACACAGUGGAGAAGCGCACGAGCGGCACCUAUAACCAUGCAGUCAUCAUGGAAAAUGGCAUCACUAAAGUUGUCGCCAAAGUCCCGGUUGUUGGCAUGAAGGAUCGAUGGACUCACCAUCACGCCGCCAUCCUGCGCUCCGAAGCACACACGAUGAUGUACAUUAAGAAAAAGCUCCCGCACUUCCCGAUUGCAGAAGUCCUUGGUUACGACGAGACGUUCGAGAACGAGAUCGGCGCACCGUUCGUGAUGCUGUCCUUUCUAGAAGGCAAGGAUUCGCACGAGAUCUGGUUCGACAUUGAUGAGGACGGCGAGGCAGACGGCUUUAAGGCAGAUAACCCUUCACUAGAGCGCGAGCAGCUGCGCCUUACCUUGCUUCGGUCCCUCGCAAAGCAUAUGGCCGAGCUUCGUGAUCUCGAGUUUGAUGGUAUUGGUAUGCUGUACUUCGAAGACGACGAUCCAAACAAGCCCACUAUCGGUCCCCAUCAUGGCUGGGACGACCGAAUGGACGAGUCUCAGCGGCAUUACUGGGAGCGCCGAGUAUACCGGACGACAUCGGAAUACUACAGUGAUCGCCUCGAUACGCGGACUCGUGACGAAAACCGCAGCAAAGGCCAGCGAUUCAUGCUCGAUUGUGUCUUCAACUCCGAGCCGUUCGCGGCGUCGAAGAAGCAUGAGGACGACGAGCAUGAAUCAUUCACCCUGUCCCAUGUAGAUCUGAAUUGGCAGAACAUCCUUUGCAACGAUGCCGGAGAGGUAACUGGGAUCCUUGAUUGGGACUGCGUUUCUACCGUCCCUCGAUGCGUUGGUUUCUCUACAGUUCCGCUCUUCCUGCAGAACGACUGGGGAAUGGAUUACGUCGUUCCCGACACAGCUAUGCACUCACCUUGGCGCCUCGCUAAGUACCGCAAGGUUUAUGCAGACGCCAUGAAGGAAGCCUGUGGCAAAGAUUCGGACGCAAAAUACACUGAGAAGUCACACAUCUUUGCGGUGAUCCAAGAAAUGAUCUUCGGUGACCCUGGAAAUUGGGUCGAUAAGACAAAUGACUUCAUCGCGAAGCUGAUGUUGGAGAUUCCGUACUUACGGCGCGUGGAUCCUGCGAGCUUCCAGGAGACGAUGUGGGAGGAGGAUUGGAUGGCUGCGAAGGAAAUUUUGCAGGAGUGGAUUCCGAAGGUGCUUGAUUAUCGCAACGUUUGA